UUCAAAGUUUGACUGGGGAAUAGAGGGAGCAGUGGAGACGGCAGCAGGCAGCAUCGACCCACCAGGAAAAGAAACACAUUCACUAUCGUUCACAGAGAAGAAGAGGAGGAGGAGGAGGAGGGGGGGUAUUGAAGGACCCGCAGCCCCGCCGAUAAGAACAAGAGGAGAGAGAUGAGUGAGCUGAUAGCCGAUUUCUAAAUGGAAAACACGAGCAGGUUAAUGUAGCUCAGUGUUUCGCUGGAAGGAAGAAAGGAAGGAGGGACUCCCUCCCCCCCCACCCCCGGCUGCAGACCCCCCCUCAGCCAUGCCGCUUGUGUUCCGCACGCUGCUGCUCGUCUUUGUAUCGCUGGUGGUGCUUCUGAUCAUAGGUGAUAUUGCACAAGUGGAGGAAGGAACUGCGAAAACUGGACACUCGAAGAAGAGCAACUUGCACCUGCUCAUCCCUCAACCGCACAGAAAGACCACUGCACAUGUGGAUCCAACUGCGUCGACGAACCCGAGCAAAGAUUCAAACCACCUCGAGCCGAGCUGCAACAACACCGCCCGGCUCUCGACAAACAACUGGACCUUCAACAAGACCCUCUCCAAACUCAUCAGGAAGAAUAUUCUGAGAUUUCUUGAUCCGGAGAGAGACAUCUCUAUUCUGAAGGGCACGCUGAAACCAGGAGAUAUCAUCCACUAUGUCUUUGAUCGCCACAGCACCACAAACAUCUCGGAGAAUCUCUACCGCCUCCUGCCCACUGCGUCCCCUCUGAAGAACCAGCAUCACAGGCGCUGUGCUAUUGUGGGGAACUCCGGGAUCCUGCUGAACAGCAGCUGUGGACCCGAGAUCGACUCUCACGACUUUGUUAUCAGAUGUAAUCUGGCACCAGUGGCAGAUUACUACCAGGACGUGGGCUGGCGGACCAACCUGGUGACCAUGAAUCCGUCGGUGGUGCAGCGGGCCUUCCAGGACCUGGUCAGCGAGGAGUGGCGCGAUCGCUUCCUGCAGCGGCUGCAGAGCCUGAGCGGCAGCGUGCUGUGGAUCCCGGCCUUCAUGGCUAAAGGGGGAGAGGAGCGCGUGGAGUGGGCUCUCCGACUCAUCCUGCUGCACACUGUGGACGUACGCACCGCCUUCCCCUCGCUGCGCCUUCUCCACGCUGUCAGAGGGUACUGGCUAACCAACAACGUGCACAUCAAGCGUCCCACCACGGGGCUCCUCAUGUACACCAUGGCCACUCGCUUCUGUGAGGAAAUCCACCUCUACGGCUUCUGGCCCUUCCCGCUCGACCCGCAGGGCAGACCGGUCAAAUACCACUACUACGAUACUCUCAAGUACGAGUACACGUCCAGCGCCAGUCCUCACACCAUGCCGCUGGAGUUCAGGACCCUAAGCGCUUUGCACAGGCAGGGGGCGCUGCGGCUCCACACGGGAAGCUGUGACGCAGAGGGGAGACCGCAGAAGUAGCUGAAUGGAAUGACUUCAUAUUAACUACUGAACAGUUUUCUUGCUGCCCUACUUUACUUACUUUUUAUAACACUUGAAAUAACUUAUUUUCAGUACUUGGAAUGAACUUGUUUUUUUUUUCAGCUCUUUCAGUCAAUCUGGUGGUUUUAACGAGAUUUCUUAAGGCAACCUUUUUAAUAUAGUGAGACUCUUUUUGUGCACACUGUUAAUGGAGAUCCUGUCACAUGUGACGGCCCCUUAAUCUCUCUUAAACAGAACUUAUUCAGUAGUUCAAGUCUAAACGGACUUCCUGUGUGUUUUUUUUUAGUUAUUGGUCAUGAAAGCGGGGGACUUCUGAUUUAAUUUUGGGUCCUGUGACAAAACAGACUGAUAUUUCCAGUUUUUUUAUAUAUAUGAUAGGGCUUCAUUAAAAGGGGUGUUGUAAUUUACCCAACAAAGUCCACAGCAUGAAGAGCUGCUGACUUGGAUCUCGCUCUUGUGAGUCACUGGUCGGGCCACAAGAUGGAAGCACUUAAUAAUCAGGGAGAAAGAGGAUACGAGACAAAAAACAUUAAUUUCAAGUCUGUGACGUUCAACUUGUGAUAGCUCAUUUUUCCUCUGAUAAGAGAACAUUUUGUAUCUUCAUAUCCAGCACCUUCUUAACGGGUGUCCAUGGUAAAGACAGGUCAUUCUUAAGGGGUAGAAAAACAGAACAGUGAACCAGAACUGCCGUGUGAAACAGUCAGGUGACCCGGAGUGAUAAACGAGAGAAGGAAAGCAUGUUCAGCGUCUGUGAGGAGAGAAGGAGAGAGAGAGGGGAGGGUACCAGCUGUUCACAUAAGAGUGUUUACACAGACUUUUAGCCCACUGUUGGCUUACUUUGUUAUAUUUCCUCAAAGAGCACCAGCCCUGUUACUGCAUUGAAUGUGUUGAAGAGGUUAGAAUGUAGUUGUGUUAUUUAAGUAGGAUGUUUUUUGUUUUUUUUUUUUAAAUCCAUGAAUGUAUUGGUGAUAUUCUUACUAAUGUGUAAGAAAUGAGCCCCAAAAAUGUGCUUUAAAUUCAAUGUGAUUCACAGUUAGGAACCGUUUUUAGAGCAUUUAACACUGAUGCGGAUGAAUUGUAUACAGCCUUUUAUUCAUUUACAACAAUGUAUUGAAUACUUUAUAUGUAUUGUGUGUUUUUUGGCCAGUAUUCAAAUCAUUUGUGGAGACAGAUCUUCACAGGUUUGAUUGAAGCUGCCAGUAUUUGUGCCUACGUUCAGUGGAUUUGCCCAGAAUUUAAAAAUUGGACUGUUUACAUGCCCAGAAUUUAAAACAAUUGUUCCAGGAACAUGUGUUGGUUGGAAAACAAGAGUUACAUGACUGUCUUAACAAAGUCAGGGAAGAAACUCAAUUUGAUAUUGAUUUUCAGGCCAGCAGCAGACUGACGUGUGAAGCUAAUUUAUUGGUUCAAUGCUGCUCUGGAUUUUACUUUCAAUUGCGUAACCCAGAACGUCUUGAAGUUUAGUUCCAGGUUUUUGUCUUUGCAAAUGCUCGAGUUACUUUUCAGCGACAAAAUGCUUCCUUUUAGCUAAAUUAACACGAGUAUUUAAGAUAUUCACUUCGCUUCCAGCCUUGUGAUUUUGUUCAUUAAAGAGUUGUUUUGACAGGAUGCGCUUGUUGACGUGCAUGUCGGCCUUACUACGCUGCCAGUGAAGUUAAGAAUAAACAUGAAAGUGGUGGCAGGGACGUCAGCAGUCUGGAGCUAUGAAAGGUUUUAUUUGUGAGAGCUCCGUCUGAGCUCGGGCAAAAAUAGAAACAUUCUGCGACCAACACAAUUAAGUUAAUUAACACAGAAUCUGCAAUUUGCCACAAAGUUAGAAAACUUUCCACUGACAUGUCGUUUCUGCUCUGAUGGAACCAAUAGCAGAAACAAUUUCAACACUUUGUCACAUUUACUCUGUUAACAUCUGUUUGUUUUUGUCUUAUUCCAGCAAACAAAAGUAAGUAUUGCAUGUAGGACAACUCAAGUAUAUUUCCUUCUUCUUUUUUUGUAUUUCAAAUAUCCAGUAUGACUCAAGGACACUUGUUGUGUAGUAAUGACAAACUGAAUGUACUUUGUCUGUGGCAGAAAAUACACAAAUGGAUAAGAAUUGGGGGAAACAAGCAUUUCCACUAUCUCACUUUAAAGGAUGUAAAGCUUCAAAGGACGUUUUAUUUCAGUAGUGUUUUUUUAAAGAAAUGGGAACUUGAGGAAACGGCUGUGGGUGAACUACACAUCUCAGAAAACCAAGA